UACCGAAAUGGUCAAUACAUAUGUUCCGCGCGCUAUGCUGCGUAUGGCUUGUAUAUUACGCUUCGGCCACAAGAAGAGAGGGAUGGCAAAAUGUUCGUUUUUCUCAAUGUUUUUCGAAUAGAUCAGUGAAACAAGUCUCCAGACGAAUCUGACAAAGUCUCUGAAUCGACAUGGCUCAACUGAACAACGUGUUGAAGGCUGUGGAAACACUGAACGCGCUACGUGAAUCAGACACACUGUCGGAUUCUGGAGCAAGCAACAGGAAGGAAAAGAUAUCGUGCUGCACGGUAAUUGUCGAGGGUAUAUGUUCACCAGCCGUCAGACAGAAUGCCAAAUUUCCGCAAAUUCUCACUGCUACUAUUGAAACACUGCUGGCGUUGUGUAACGACGAGGAAUCGGAUGUCAGGAUGGUCGCGGAUGAAUCUCUUAAUAAAAUUAUAAGGAUAAUGGUUGACAGCAACAUCAGCAAGAUUCAGGUAGAACUUUACAAUGAAAUAAAGAGAAAUGGUCCCGCGCGUAUACUGAGAGCUGCUCUCCUGAGAUUUGGUCUGCUGAGUCACAUGAUACGUCCCUCGAGGGGUAAAGCUUACGUGUCAAAUCUGAUACCUUGUAUAGUCAUUAUUGCUCAUCGAUCCGAGGACAUUGUCAUCGAAACGUUGUCGCACUCGUUGCCGUUAAUUUUCAAAGUGUUAGGACCAUUUAUGACAGAUAAAGAUGUCAAGAACUUGCUGAGAGCAUUUUUCGAGAACAUUUCUUCCCCUCAAGCAGCUUUUCGCAGAGCGGCAGCUAAUAUGAUUCUAGCAACUUGUAUAAACUGCAGGAAACCGCAGUUCUUUUUAAAUUAUGUGUUGAAUCAUCUGUUAGAUAUAAUAAUGCCAGCGAGAAACGUCGAGGAUCACUCGUCCGUUAUCAUAGGCGUGUUUGGAUGCUUAAGAGUGAUUUUGCCCCACAUAUGCAAACCCUCUGAACCCGAGGACGUUGAGACGCAACAGACGGAUAGUCUGUUGCAUAUUUACGAGUUGGGUUUGCAUUACACGAAGUGGCAUUCCGAUCACAAUGUUAUAAAUGCAGCCUUAGAGACGCUGGUGCAACUCUUGAAAAUGCCUCCUAAGUCACUGGUGUCGGUUUUGUUGUCGUCAGAGGGCAUAACUCAAAGCAAGAUAAUAACGAAUCAAAACGCGCACGCCCCGUCGCUGGGCCAGAUGAGUAUUUCCAGCGCGAGUACCGCUUGCGGCGGAAAUUCGGAAUCAAUUUUGAAUCUUCACGAACCCGACGUGCCGGAAAUUACGUCUAACAUAGACAAAUGGAUAUCGGAUACAAAAAUAAUAACACCGCCGGUUGCGUGCAGCGUGCAGACGCAGGAGGAAUCGCACACGACGAGCGACGUGAUUGAGUUGAAGGGAAAGGUUUUGGAAAAUCUUUGCGGUCUGAAAAUCGGAGUCGUCGACAAUGAAGUCGUCGAGGAGGGUAGCGAUGUUGGAAGCGAGAUCGAAAAGUCCGAAAGAACGACGUAUCCGAGUCUACAGAGCGAACAAUCGAAGGAGGAAGGAAGUUACUCCGACGAGGCCACCCUGUCGUUCGCCUCGCCCAAGAAAUCUUCCUUAGAUUUCCCGUUGUACGAAGCGGAUGUCGGUAGUUUCACGGACUCGGAUAUGCCCGUCAAGUUCUGCUGUCGUUACCUAGUAUCCUCAUUCCUGCUGGCGGGCAAACCCGGUCACUUGAUAUCAGACAAGCUGUUUCGUGUUAGUGUAAAGUCUCUCGCUCUAACGUGCGUGGGUUACAUCUUGAAACUUGAUCCCCAUUUGUUUACAAUGACCGUGGCCAGAGAGCCGAGCUGCAAUGAGACGAACCAAUUGAUUGCAGACAUCUUGCUGUUUGCAAAUCAUCCAGAUCCGCAGAUCAGAGGCAAUAUAGCAAUGGUGAUCGGAUUUUUUUUGAAGUCCGUGUUUGUUCAGUACGGCGGCUCAUUUCGAGACUUCGAGGCGAGGUGUUCGAUCGAGAACGGUCACGGAAACGUGUCGUUGGACGACAUGAUAAAGUUGCUUCUAAACGGCUUGAACGACGAUUCCGCGACAACGUGUCGUCAAACACUGGACGCGUUGAAUAUCUGCUUGACGGAACUGCUCGAAUCUGUCGAUAACGAACACGGUCUCACCAUUUUGGCCGCUCUGCCGAAACUCAUGAAGAAUUCGUAUUUUCUCGUGAAAGUGAAAUUGGUCCAAUUGCUGAGUAAAUUGUCGUAUGUCACGAUCGAGCACAUUGCGGGACAAACGUUAUUUCAAGAGCAUUUUGUCGACGUGAUAAUAACGUUAUUGGGCGAUCAAGAUCAAAGGGUGAGACACGCUGCGUCAGACGCCAUUGUUAAAAGUAUUCCGUUUUUAUACUUUCGACAUCCUCAGGAGGAUACGGUUACGAGAAAGGCCACGCGGUACACUCAGCAAUUUUUAAGCACCGUAACGACGAGCAUCUCGGAACUGUCGUCGUGCCAAAUUAAACAUAAGCCCUUCGUGAACACGUCCAUCAAACCUUUCGUGUUUCUGAAUCAUUACGACGGACCGAGUCACGACUCCGGCGUGGAAUAUUCCCUGUCCCGCGUAGUCAAUAUCCUUACGGAGAUAAUGACGGUUCACUCUUCCAAGUAUUUGAUAUACGGAUGCUGCGAGACUCUCUUCUGUCUGAGCGAGACUUACCCCACCACGGUUUACGUCAGAGGAUGGGAUUAUAUUUUGCCGAAAACCCCGCUGAAGAAAUCUAAGAGAAGCGGCGAUCGAUCGGACGCGAGCGACAUCAAUUUGAUGAACGAAAUGAUCGCCCCGGUGGGCAGCGGUCUCUUGUCGCUGGCGAUGCCAUUGCUCACGUCGUCGACCAUCAGUCUGGAUCUGUCCACGCACCGGCAUCUGAUACUUCUCGCCGGCAAUCUGGCUUCCGGAUUGGCCGUGUGUAACUUCAAAGCGGGGAGCGACCCGAUAAAACUGUGGAGCACGUGCAAGGACAAACAUCUGGAAUUCUUGUUGACGCACAUCAUGAGGGUUCUCAAUAUCUUCGUUCACGUCAUCGACGAGGUGCAGCUGACGCAAAGCAGCUCCAAACCUCUGUUGCCCUCCCUGUCGACCGCGCAAACGUUGUCGCCCAAGAAGAAGAUCGUGCCGGAGCAAUCGAGGUCGAAGGAGAAGGGCGAGAAGAUCGGAAUCCUGAGGAGCGGAAAGGAACUGAUUGGAACGUUCGUCGGCAUACCGCAUUACAUGAAGAUACACGACAUCCUGAAAGCGGCGCAUUCCAAUUACUUGGUCACUCUGCAGCACGAGGCCAGCGAGAUGUACGUCUCGCUGCUGAACGCAACGCUGGACGUGCUCUCGCAGAUUCUCGAGAUCGCGUUUGUCAACGAAGCCGGCCGAAUAGCGGAGGAGGUUUUGUAUUAUCUAAAAACCACCGUUGUUUUAUCACCCACGGCGACGGUACGGUGUGUUCAGCAGUUGCUCAAGUGCUUGUUCGGCACGAAUGUGUGCGCGCAGUGGAGCGAGUUGGACACGCAGAAGAAUCUGGAUCGACGCGACACCUUGCAGGAUGACAUUCGCGGUUUCUACAACCAGUGCUUUCAACAUCCCGCCCGACAAAUGGCGAACACGAUCAAACGAAUAGGAAACAAUUGCAGGGGCGAAAACGAACCGGAUACCGGGUGGAUAGGAUUGUUGCGCAGAAAGAGUGAUCGCAAAUUCUCGUCGGUGUUCAAGACCCUGGCGCGAUCGUCGGACCAGAAGACAUCCGUCGCAUCUUUCAUUCGGCUCUUCGAGCCGAUGGUUAUCAAGUCUUUGAAGCAGUACACCGUUACGAGCAACAUCGCGUUGCAGUGCCAAGUUCUGAUGUUGCUGAGUCAGCUGGUCCAGUUGAAGGUCAAUUACUGUUUACUGGAUUCCGACAAGAUAUUCAUCGGAUUUGUGUUGAAGCAAUUCGAAUUUAUCGAAGAGGGUCACAUACAACAGACCGAAGAAUUGUUGCCGAAGGUGUUCAAUUUCUUGGUGCACUUGUCUUACGAGAAGAAUCACUCGAAAACAAUAAUCGGCGUGCCGAAGAUAAUUCAAUUGUGCGACGGUCUGAUGGCGAGCGGACAGCCCGCGAUUUCGCACUGUAUACCCGCUCUCGCUCCCGUAAUCGAGGAUAUAUUUCUCGUUCGUAAUGGCAGUUCGAGCGUGAUCGAGCAACGCGAAUUGGAAACGACGAAAGACGUGCUGAUAGCCAUGCUGCUGCGUCUGGUGGAGUAUCACGAGGUGAUAGAGCUCUUGGCAUUGUGUCUGGCUGAAUCCAGAUUCAGCGGGGACGGUAAUGGGGAAGAAAAAUGGCGACGGUGGUCGAGACUGACCAUGGACACCGUGCUGCCGAUAAUGGCGGCUGGAAAACUCAAGAUAGAAUCCGAGAAAGCUCACAUCGCGCUCGUGAAAUUGUUCGCCGCCAUCUCGCCCACGGUUUUCCGACCGGUCGAUCCACUUCUGAAGAUACUCUUCACCGCGUCAAUAUCCGCGACGGCUUCCACACUGAGACUCAAGCGGUGGUUGGGUAUGAUUAACGUUGUGCUGCUCUCGUUGAUUUCCUGCGCAAAAGAGGAGGCGAUGCUGGCACGUCUCUCGGAUCUCAGCAUAUGUGUGACGGACGUAUCUCAGCUGUUCUCACCGUCCGAGGAUCCGGCCUCGAAGUCCGAAUGCAAUACGGAUCCUUUGAACGUUAUGAGCACUCUGUCGCGUCAAGCCUCGCCCGAACAAAUAUUGGCCAGAUUUAUAUUCAAAGUGAUCAAUCUGAUAAGCACGAAGGUGUUCAAUCUGCUCGGUCUGAUAAAUCACAAAUCCGCGGAUCCUUUCGUCGGUUUCUCCGAUUACACGGCGGACGACAUUUAUCUGGUGCACCAGUUCGCGUUUUUCCUGCAAUUGUGCAUUCACAUGUUCGAAUCCGGCAGUCACUGCAAGGUGGCGAACGCGACGAUGCAGAUGAUUCAGGGUCGCAACGUGCCCGAUGAGGAAAAAUUGCUGAUCGACGAUCUGAACUAUCUGAUGCUCAACAUCGGGAAUACGUGCCCGACGGUUACGUGCCAGUGGGCGUAUUUGAUGAUCUUGCUCGGUUACAACGAGAUGUCCUUCUGGUCGAAAAUUCUGGGCAUUGGCAAACCCGAUUACGUCGCUUACGUUCGGCCGAGCGACAAGAAAACGCACGAUCACACCACAAGCAGCAUAAACAUACAGAUUAUUCGACGAGGUGGAAUCAUAUUGUUCUGCGAUUACAUAUGCGAGAAUCUCAACGAUGUGGAGCCGCUUACGUGGUUGCUGGUAAAUCACAUCGAAGAAGCGAUAAACAUCGCAACCGAAUCUCCGGUGAGAGAUCUGCUUACCACGGCUAUUCACAGAAAUCCGGCCGCAAGCGGAUUGCUUGUCCAAGCCAUAGCGACGAAGUGCACGGAUUUGUCGCGGCCCAGUUUCAUAAAGCGUCUGCUGCAGUGCAUCGAGGGCGCUCAUCACUCGCAGAGCGGCGCGGUCAUAAUGACCCUGAUACCGGGAUUGCUGUCAACCAAGUAUCUCGCACUGUCGAGAAUGGCGGCGAAGAUCGCCAGCCGCAAGGUGGAGAUACUGUUAACCACCAACGCAGAAGAUGUGAUCAAUCAGUUGUCGAAGGAGGAGAUCGUGAAGAUCAUGGACACCCUGCAAAUCACCAAAUUGGCUCGGAAGCACGGCGGCUUGGUCAGUUUGCUGAACAAACUCGCUGUUCAGUACUACGAUCUGUCGCCGCUCGAACUCGAUCAGUGCAGACCGUUCAAUCCGUCUACGGUGAAGAGCGUUCAGUUGGACAGAAAUUGGUUCCUGUCGCAAGUGAAACUGCGAUGCUGCCAGCCGAACGUCGGCAACAAUCCCGUGGAACUGGCGCAAUUACUGAAGAACUUGGACUUCGACGAUUGCAUGAGCAUUCUCUCAUGCAAAGAAUUCAAUUUGAAGAUUCUGAAGCACUGUGUGAUAUUGGGAGCGAGGCUCAGCGUCGAGAAGUGUCAGCAGUUGGAGUUCGGACAGGCGCAAAGCGAGAAGGAUUUCUAUUUCGACGCGAAUCCCCUGUACGUCGCCGCCAAGCAAUGUUUGUUAGAGCACAUUCACUAUAUCUGCGAGGUCAUGCCAAAGCCACACCAGAUCUACAAUCCGGAAGCGGAUAACAGCAGCGGAAAGGAGUUGAAAUACGCCGCUAGAUUCUCCGAGUUGCUGAGCGAUUCUCUCUACUGGGAGAUGCUCUUCACCGUAAUUCCGACCGUCAGAGUGUACAUGAAGACACUGCCCAAGUUGGCGAAGUACAACGUGGCGAAGAUCGACGUGAAAUUCGAGGAGGAUAUCGCCAGAUUUUCCUUGCUGUGCCUUGAGCUUGCGCACUGGAUGAUUCAUUCGGACAAAAAGAACGUUCGCAAAUCGAGACCGCACGACACGUAUCUCGCGUUGAGUUGCGCGGCUGAAAUUUUGCGACAGGCUGCCCCGAGCAAGAUCUUCGGAGACGGCGCGCGUUACACUUGGGUCUGUUCCGCGGCGAUCUCGCUGACGAAGAUCGUGGAGAGUAUAUUAACGACAAUAGAACCUUUACCGCUGGUGGAUUCUCAUGCGCUGGAGCCGGCUCUGCGCGACGAGGACACCAGGGAUUACGCCCGGGCCUGCAUCCAAAUGACGUCGAUAGUAACCUGGCUUGAGAAGUGUCAGGUCGAGAAUUCCACGAGAAAUAUUCCGCCGUAUUUGUUCAACGCGAUAAAAUCGCUGGUAAUCAGCGUGAGCCGGCAGCCGCUGGUGAACUCCUACAUCCUGACGCCACCGUUGGUGUGGAGACGCGGCUGUCACGUCGUCGGAUCGGGUCCCACCAAGUGCUACUUUCCCCUGCUGUCGUCCGAGUCCAAUAUCCUGUUGGAAGUGGACAUUCUGGAACAGUUUAUCUAUCGAGUUAAUUUGCUGGGUUGGACGUCCAGGUCGCAGUUCGAGGAGAUCUGGAUGGCGUUUCUGAGCGUUCUCAAUUUCCUGCAAAACGAGAACGCACCCUCGGAAGAGAUGGCGACGUUGAUUCAAGCGAGCAGCCUGGCGAUUCAGGCGAUAACUCGAUUGCUCUUGCAGACUCUGCUUCUGCCGUGUCCCGGCAAUCCCGACGGGAGCGCUUACGUUCAUCAUCCCAGAGAUCCGCAGCUAUCCGUUCACAAGAUCAGUUCGCGAAAACUCUACGCGAUACAGGAGUUGCUCAUCUGGAAGUACGAGUACAUGAACGACUCCGAGAACAAAACCGGAUUGAAGUUGGAUCACAUAUUUCAUCGAACGAACGUGGAGAGAACCUCGUCUUCCGACAAAUUCAUGUACAGUCAGCUAUCGGUCUCUUACUUGUGGUCGUUGUGCAAUUUGUACGAGGACAAAUUAAACGCUUCCGUUCUGGAUUUGAAGAACAGACGGAACGACGCGCUUAUGUCCGCCUCGCUCGAUCUCGACUCGUGUUUGCGUUUUCUGAUCGAACAUUACACCACUUGGUUGUUGCCGCAGGCUAACACGCCCGUGCAACUGUUAACGGAAAUCGUCAAGUCGAUUCUCGCGAUCUCGGAACUCUUUCUCGAGAGAUCGCAGUAUCAAUGGAUGUUGGACGUGUGUCUGGAGGUCUCGAGGAUUCAUCCGUCGGAGAACGCGAUCUUGCAUCAAUACCUGGCCAUUUCCGUGUGCAAAGCCGCCGCCGUGUUAACGCCGUUGGAUUUGGAGACUUUGGACAAGGUAAAGCGAAUAGUUGAUGUUAAUUUAAAAUCGGGAUUCUUAGCUUCCAGAGUUUCCGCGCUUCACGGCUCUCUGUAUUUGCUGCAAAGCGCUGUACUGACCAAGUGCGAGGAAACCAUGAAUAUUAUACACCCCUUAACCAUCGAAUAUAUACAAAAGCACAUCGAUUCGCAAGAUUCGAAUAGUGUAUUAGACCAAAGCGAAGAGCAUCAGGGAGUAAUGUGGGCUCUGGUGUUUUUUCUGCUGGAACACGCAGAAGACACGCCGCCUGAUACGGAAGCGCCUGCCGUACUAGAAUUAGUCCUUUCUCUAGUCACGUCCCAAAAUAUCUCGUACGGUUUGCAUCAGACUUUGCUGCAGGGUCUGGAGAGACUCGUGGCAACGAGAAGCGUGGUGGGAAAGGUCGCCGAGCAAAUCGUCAAAGUUGCGAUCGAUCGGCUGAAGCAACCGAGUCCGUUGCUGGCACUGCCGGCUCUGCAGCUUUUGCUGACGUGCAUGUACACCGAGGCGGCCGAUCGUUUGAAUCAGCCCGGUGCCGAAGAACCGCUGCCCGACGUCGAGCCCGAGGCUUUGGUACGAUCGAUAGAACGUAUCUCCGCGAUAUUCGACAAAAUUCGUAAGGGCCAUCCGAUGGAAGUUGAGGUGCUGUGCACGGUUCUGUCGCACGUUCUCACGGAUUUCUUCCCGCCGUCGGAGAUUCUGACCAAGGUCAUCGGUGAAUUUCUGUCUCCGCAACAACCGCAUCCGAGAUUACUUUCCGCUGUGGUCUUCAAAGUUUGCGAGAAAGCUUGCACCAGCACGGAAAUGGAGCUUCUUCAGGACUGGGUGGUCUUCAGUUUGCCAAAUUUCAUUCAGAGUUUGCCGAUAGCGAUGUCGACCUGGUGCUUGUCCUGUUUCUUCAUAAGCGCGUCGACGAAUCACUGGCUAAGAGCUUUAUUUCCGUACGUUCAGUCGAGAAUAGGAAAGUACGAUUACGAGGACAAGAAGAUCUUGUGUAUAGCCGCUUCGGAUUUUUAUUACAAACUACCGAAGGAGUCUCAAAAGAAAGCGUUCGUCGAAACCUUCGAGACUGCGGCGAAGGAACCCGGGACUCCGUUCACUGACAUUCUAACGUCGUUUUAAUGUAUGUUGACCAUAGUUCGAGAGAAAAAAAAAAAAAACAAAACUUAGGAGAUAAAUUACAAACCAAUGUACAACUGCUAUAGCGCGUUGACACGCCACGUCGUGUGUACAUGUGUACAUUUGUAUGUAUGACGAUAAUUUAUUUUACAUUAUAUUCCUUCAACAAAGAGAAAAAGA